GGACCACUACCACCACCACUACCACCACCUCACUUGCAUCUCACACACUCGCCCGCUUUAUCGCCGCGGGCGCAUCGCAUGUUCACCAUGACAGAGAACGCGCACAUGAAGAUCGCCGUGCUCACCUCGGGAGGAGACAGUGCAGGCAUGAACGCGGUUGUCCGCGCCAUAGUCAAAACCGCGAUCAGCAAAGGCUGCGAGGCUUGGAUCGUACGUGAAGGGUACGAAGGUCUCGUCCGCGGGAACACCGAGGGCCACCGGCACACCCAGAGCGUAGACAAGGGGUCCCCGAGCCCUCGCCCCAAACACGUAGAAAACCCUGAUGACUUCGUGCACAACCUCCGCUUCGGCGAUGGUGAACUCCUCAAAGACGGGACGGGCGAUCACCUGGGCGGAAAGACCCUCAGGGGUCGUUACAUCGUCCGUGUGGGCUGGGACGAUGUGCGCGGAUGGUUCGCCGAAGGCGGUACCCUCAUUGGUACUGCGCGCUCAACCACGUUCCGCACUUGGGAAGGCCGUCUGACCGCUGCGCACAACUUGAUCAAGGAGGGAAUUGACGCACUUGCUGUAUGCGGUGGUGACGGCUCCCUUACUGGCGCGGAUGUCUUCCGCUCGGAAUGGCCAAAGCUGAUUGCGGAGCUACACACCCAAGGCAAGAUCACCGAGGAGCAGGUAAAGAAGCACGCGCAUCUCAAGAUCGUGGGUCUCGUUGGUUCCAUCGACAACGACAUGUCCAUGACGGACCUAACUAUCGGCGCGCCAACCGCGCUGCACCGUAUAUGCGAGUCUAUCGACAACAUAAACUCCACUGCGUUCUCGCACUCUCGCGCGUUCGUGCUAGAAGUCAUGGGUCGUCACUGUGGCUGGCUCGCGCUUAUGGCUGGCGUCGCCUGCGGUGCAGACUUCAUUUUCAUCCCCGAGAGUCCUCCCGAUGCGGACAGCUGGGAGGACGAGAUGUGCCAGAAGAUCCAGGGUCACCGAGACGCUGGAAAGCGCAAGACGAUCGUCAUUGUGGCCGAAGGCGCGCUCGACUCAAAGUUGCAGCCCAUCCGCGCAGACUUCGUCAAAGAUGUCCUCUCACAGCGCCUGGGUUUGGACACGAGGGUGACCACCCUCGGUCACACCCAGCGUGGAGGCAGACCCUGUGCUAUGGACCGUAUUCUACCGACGCUGCAAGGUGUCGAAGCUGUGGAGGCUCUGCUCGAGGCCACACCCGAGACGCCUUCAUACAUGAUCGGCGUGCGCGAGAACAAGAUCACCCGCGUACCUCUGAUGGACGCAGUGAAGAUGACGCAAGAGGUUGCGCAAGCCAUUUCGGAGAAGAACUUCCAGAAGGCGAUGUCCCUUCGUGAUCCGGAGUUCUGCGAGAGCUUGGAGGGCUUCUUUGCGACCUCCGUGCUCGAGCACGAGCCCAAGCUCCCUCAUCAUCUCAGGAUGCGCGUCGCUAUCAUGCACGUGGGUGCCCCGGCUGGCGGUAUGAACGCUGCUACGCGCGCGGCCGUCCGCUACUGCAUCAUGCAGGGCCACAAGCCGUAUGCGAUCCAUAACGGGUUCGUCGGCCUGCUCGACGACAAUGUGCACCAGCUCUCCUGGCUCGGCGUCGACAACUGGAUGACGCGCGGCGGGUCCGAGCUCGGCACCAACCGUAAACUGCCGGACAUCGACCUCGGCGCAGUCGCGGCGAAGUUCCAGCAGUACAACUUCCACGCGCUGAUGAUGAUUGGCGGGUUCGAGGCGUUCAACGCGCUGCGCAUCCUGGACCAGGGACGGAAGAACUACCCGGCGUUCAACAUCCCGCUCGUCCACUUACCCGCGACGAUCUCGAACAACGUGCCGAUGACGGAGUUCAGUCUUGGAAGUGACACGAGCCUCAACGCGCUCGUAGACGCGUGCGAUGCGAUCAAGCAGAGCGCGUCUGCAAGCCGGAACCGUGUAUUCGUCGUCGAGACGCAGGGCGGCAAGUGCGGCUACAUCGCGACUAUGGGUGCGCUUGCGACCGGAGCGUGUAUCGUGUACACGCCAGAGAGCGGCAUCGACUUAGACAUGCUGAGGAAUGACGUCAAGUUCCUGAAACGCAGGUAUGCCAUGGACGCGAAGGGCAAGAGCGAAGGGCGUCUGGUCCUCAGGAACGAGGUCUCGUCCGACGUCUACACCACAGACGUGAUCACGAAGAUGUUCAAGGAGGAGGGCGGCUCGCUCUUCGACUCGCGCUCCGCCGCGCUCGGGCACACGCUGCAGGGUGGCAUCCCGUCGCCGAUGGACCGUGCUCGCGCGGUACGGCUCUCGCUGAAGAGCAUGGCGUUCAUCGAGCGUCAUCACCAGGAGCUGCUGAAACAGCAGACGCGGACGAAGCAGGCGUCUCCCGAAUCAGCAGCUGUCAUCACCAUACAGGGUACUUCCGUGCAGUGGGUCGCCGUACAGGAUAUGGUCGAGCACGCGGACAUGAAGAACCGGAGGGGCAAACACUCGUGGUGGGAGGGCCAGCGGGAGCUCGUGGAAGCGCUAGUUGCGCGGCCGCAGAUUCUGGCCAAGAAAGGCGGAGCAGCUGACGUUACCCAUUGAAGAGCUCUGACGCGAUAGAAGACCGAGAAGAUACAAGGAUAGAAUGUACUGUAGCAAUGACCUUUGUCGAGAAACCGCGAAACAUAGACCAUGUAUUUCCUGAUAGGACUCACAGCGGUAAAAUUGUCCUCAUAUCCCGCAUUCAGAUGUGAUAUACU